AAAAAUAAGCUUUAUUUACUUUAUAAAUCAUGCAUCGGUUCACAUCAAUAGUGUCAUUAAAAACUGUGCAGGCAAAAUAGUGUUAUACAUUUGCCGGAGACCCCCCCCCAAACCCCAGAAAUACACAAAAGGUAGAAUUUUGAUUAAUUGGGAUAUCAAUGAAAGUACAGGCUGCACAACUAUGCCAGACAAGGAAUUCCUGGGCUGACUUUUGCAAACCAGGCUGGCCCGUCUAGCAAAGAGCAAAUAUGUUAACACACCUGAGAUUGCUGGGCACACGACCCAAGGGGAAGUGGGGAUGAGCCCCAAAGGUGUGGUGGGUACACAGCCUAUGGUUUCAAGGGAAACGUCUCUAGCAGGCUUUAGCUUGCACAGGGCAGAAGCGUAGUGAGAUUUAUUUUGUAUUAUUUCUUUGCACCAUCACUGCGUGUGACCCUUUGAAAAGAGGCUCCUUAAGCUCUUUAAUUUGAGGCAAGGAGGCAACAGCGAAAGGCUGAGGGUCCAGGGUGGUCCCUGAGUCCUGCUGAAAGACAGAAGCCAGGAUCUGUCAGUUCAAACUUCUGGGUUCCCUGGCAUUUCCCAUAUGUAUCCUCUGGGACAACACUGCGCCUCUACCACCACUGGCUAUUCAUGGUCUCAGCUCGCGUGUGACGCUACAGUUCCCAGAUGGACACAGAGUACAACUGUGAACAUUAAAAAGUCAGGAGCCACCAGCAAUUUCAUGCUCUGUGAGUUUGCCCAGCAGCAUGGUGUGGCAAUGCAAUAAUUGGGGAAUCUGCAGACAGUGAGAGCCCAUUCACAUGAGAGCCCAUACUGUAUCCUGCUUCUUCCACAAGGCCAGGCUCCAGGGAUGAGGCUCCAGAUCCGGCACCCGGGAUGAAGAACCGAACAACAUCCCUGCGGUUCCCGGCUGAUGUCCCUUGCACCUCUUCCCCACUGCCCCUUCUCCGUGUGGGCAUGGCUCCUUCCUGGCCCUACUUGGUGCAGAAGCAACACCCAAAGUUUCCUCCCAUUAAAACAGCCUCACAAGUUAUUUCAGAGAGGGAGGAGACUUUGGUUUCUGCUUCUGUGCUAGGCCGAUUGGGACGGAGCCCAGACGCCCAUACAGAGGAGGACAGGUUGGGGCAGCUAAUAAGAUCAGGGAGGGAGCCUUUCCCCAACAUAUACUUUGUUCUGGUCAAAUCCCUGGAGAGAUGUGACGACCCUCAGGUACUGGGGCAGAGGGAACACAGGGGUCCUUCCAUAGUUUUUGGCCCAUCUGAGGCCCAUUCUCAUAUGAUGCCCUGCUUCCUCCACAGGGCCACACCUCCAGGGAUGAGGCUCCAGCGCCUGCUCCUGGGACGAAGAACAACAGACCAUCAUGGUGGUUCCCGGCCCCUGACCCUCGCCUGCCUCACCCUCCGUCCGUUCUCCGUGCGGGCAUGGCUCCUUCCCGGUCCUACUUGGCGCAGAAGUAGCAGCCAAGGUUUCCACCCAUCAAAAGCACAUCAAGAGUUAUUCCGGAGUCGGGGGAGACUUGGGUUGCUGCCUCUGUGCCAAGCCGGACAGGACAGAUCCCAGACGCCCGUACGGAGGAGUUCAGGUUGGGGCAGCUAAUAAGAUCAGGUAGGAGGAAAUGCCCCCUUCCCAGGUCCCCCCCUCCUGCCCCAGACUGGGGCUAGAGUGGCUGGGAGCCAGGCGCCUGCUGAUGUCUC